AUGUCGGACUUCUCGUGCACAUCAGUGAUGGGAGUGAACUUUGAACUGACUGCAAGGUACUCAGAACCACAGCCGGUGGAGCUAGAUGCCUUUGGGCUCAUGUGCUCCGCAAAAGACGGUAUUUUGCACCAGCUAGUCGCCAUCAAAAAACUCACAAAGCCAUUUGGUUCCGCUAUGCUGGCGAAGCAAGCUCUUCGUGAAGUCAAACUUUCAAGACAUUUACGACAUGAAAAUAUUAUCGGUCUUGUGGACGUAUUUAUAUCACCCAAGGAAGACCUAUACAUUGUCACGGACCUUAUGUGGACCAACCUUCAAAGACUCAUUGAGAAAGGCCCCCUUGACAAUGAUUUCUCCAAAUAUUUUCUCUAUCAGAUACUGCGAGGAUUAAAAUACGUUCAUUCGGCGGGCAUCAUUCACCGUGAUCUCAAGCCGAGCAGUAUACUCAUCGAUGAAAAUUGCGACCUGCGAAUCAGCAACUUUAGUCACGCUCGACUGCGGGAUCAUCAGAUGACAGGCUAUGUCUCCACAAGAUAUUAUCGCGCUCCAGAAAUUAUGCUCACAUGGCAGGAAUACACGGAGAAGGUAGAUAUUUGGAGCACGGGCUGCAUAUUUGCAGAAAUGCUACGAGGCGCCCCUUUAUUUCCGGCUACCAGCCAUGCCGAUCAGUUUACGUUAUUCGUAAAUCUCUUGGGUAACCCUGAAGAGCGCAUCGUGGACACGAUCAAAAACAGACACACAAGGUUGUUUGUUCAGUCUCUGCCCAAGUGCAAAUGUGAACCUUUCGUUGAUAUUUUCCCGGACCUCAACCAAGAUGCAAUGGAACUUCUCGAAGAAAUGCUGUAUUUCGAUGUGGAAAAGAGGACCAACGCGCGGGACGCGCUGUCUCAUCCAUAUCUGGCAACUUACCACGAUCCUGAAGACGAGCCAGUAGUCAAGAUACCAUUUGACUGGAGUUUUGAUAACGCCGAGGUAACGAUUGAAACCUGGAAAGCCGCAAUAUACAAGGAAGUUGUUCUCUUCCGUCAGCAGGCUCUCCGAUCUCGACGCUCGGUCAACUUUCGCAGUGCGAUCAUCCAGGCAUCCAAGGACCACGUGGUGAGCGCAAUCACCCCAGUGACAACAGACACGGAGUCGGAUGAGAUUUCACUUCUCGGGGACGGGAAAUUUGAUGAUGUACUAUCUUCCUUUUGUAAUGAUUUUAAUUCAUGA